AUGAGGCCGUCUGUGUGUUUCUACGUCUCCUACGCGCUGUGCCUGUGUUUGGGCCUGCUCUGUCUGCUCUUUGUGAGCUACUGGAGCUCACACUGGCGUGGUGGUUUCUCCUGGGAUGGUUCAGCUCUGCAGUUCAACUGGCAUCCCGUCCUCAUGGUGUCUGGGCUGGUGGUUCUGUAUGGCAAUGCGGCUGUUGUGUAUCGCGUACCGUUCACCUGGAAGCAGGAGAAGCACAUCUGGAAGCUAGUGCAUGCUGGAUUGAUGCUUCUGGCUCUGCUGCUGUCCGUCCUGGGCCUGUGUGCUGUGUUUGACUUCCACAGAGUCCUCCACAUCUCUGAUAUGUACUCUGUGCACAGCUGGGUGGGCAUCUGCACCGUGGUAAUGUUUACAUUAGAGUGGGUUCUUGGUCAGGCUGGCUUCUUGCUUCCAUGUUCUCCGCCGUGGUUUCGUAGCACCCUGAAACCUGUCCACAUCUGGAUGGGGAAAGCAAUCCUGAUCCUCAGUGUGACCUCCUGCAUCAGUGGCAUCAAUGAGGAACUGCUCUUUUCUCUGUAA